CCUCAGAUCUGGGAGCCUCCUGGGUCUUUGUCCUCGUAGGUGGGCCAGGCAUCAGGAAGAGGUCACUCCUGGGCUUUAUUCCCAGAAGGCCAGGUUAGAGGUCAGGGUGAGAAGAGCCACAGGACCGAUAAAGCCCGCGCAGGUCACAGUGAAAAGCUCAGGAGACAGUGUGGGCGGGGCCUCUGCUGGCGUGGACACAGCCCCAUCCUUAGCUGGUCGCUGAACUCUGAGAGGAGGGGAGAGCUGCCCUGGAUGGGCAGUGCAUAGGGCGCCCUCGGGCAGCCACCGCCAGGAUGUGGGGAAUGGCCUGGCCGCGUGCACGCACAGAGACUGCUUGAGUCCUGCUCUAUUGUGGGUCCCCUCCAAGACCACUCAGCAAAGGGCAAACAGUGGUGCGGGGAUAGAGUGCAGCCUGGUCGUUGCUGGGUCCUUAGUCCUGUACCCGGGGCAUUGCCAGUAGCAUCCCAGUAAAGCACGUGGGAACACCGGCCGCCUGGUGAACUGAAGGGCCACUUCCACUGUGGAUGUGAGUGGACAGGGACCAGCAAAGGGCCUGGGAGGUGCAGCAGCCUCGAUGCUCUGGCUGACUCAGUGCCUUGUGGAAAGGUCCACUGGUCCCCCAUCCCCUUGGGAGGCCCGGCAUGCACUCUGAGCUGGGUCCUCUGGGGCUGUGUAACCCAAGAGCUGAGCAGCUGUGGCUCCCCUGGGUGACCACAGCCAGGUAGGUGGUACAGGAAGUACAGCAGGAGGAGGCGACCAGUGGCCUCUGCCCAGGUCCCAGGCAGGCAGGCGGUAGCUUCUGGCAUACCAGGGCCAUGGGUGAGAGGGCAGCUCUCCAAAGAUGACUCAGACCCCAUGUGGGCAGUGGCACAGAGGAUGCUGAGGGGUCGGGGCUGUGUUCUGAUGUCGGGUGACCUUAGUCAGGACAGACCCAUGGAGAUCUGGAGUCGGCUGUUUCCACUGUCUCCAGAAGGCGCCCUGUCUCAGGCUGCACAGCAUGAACCCCCAGGGCCACCGCGACCUCCGCUUCUGCCUCUGGCUGUGGCUGGGUGCCAUCUUGGCGCAUGGGCAGGGACAAGGAGGUCGCCUGAGGCUGGCCGUGCUGCCUGAGGACCGGCUGCAGAUGAAGUGGAGAGAAUCGCGGGGGGCCGGCCUCGGCUACCUGGUGCAGGUGAAGCCCAUGGCAGGGGACUCAGAGCAGGAAGUGAUGCUGACCACCAAGACCCCCAAGGCCACCGUUGGGGGCCUGAGCCCCGCCAAGGGCUACACCUUGCAGAUAUUCGAGCUCACUGGCUCCGAGCCCAUCCUGCUAGCACGGCGGGAGUUCGUGAUUGAGGAUCUGAAGAGUAACCCCCUGGGCAGGAGUGGCCAGAGGCCAGCGGGGGCAGCCCCGAAGCCCACCGCCUCCCUCAUGGGGGGCCCAGACCCUGAGCAGACCCCUGAGCCCAGAGCCGCCCUUGUCCCCAGCCACGUGGCGCUCGCUCCUGGCGGAUCAGAGUGGAGUGAGAGGGUGCCCAGCACAGAUCGGGAGCAGCCCAGGGGCUCUGGGGUGCAGGAGCCCACUCAGCAGACCCCAGACCUGACGAGGCAGAGCCGCACUGUGGCCCCCGCUGGAGCGGGAGAGGAGCCAGCUGGCACCCAGUUCCACUGCACACCCCCUGUGCCCACCGACAUGGUCUUCCUUGUGGAUGGGUCCUGGAGCAUCGGCCACAGCCACUUUCAGCUGGUCAAAGACUUCCUGGCCAGCGUCAUCUCACCCUUUGAAAUUGGGCCAGAUCGGGUCCAAGUAGGCCUGACGCAGUACAGCGGAGACCCGCAGACUGAGUGGGACCUGAACUCCUUCCGCACCAGGGAGGAGGUGCUAGCUGCGGUGCGCAGCCUUCGCUACAAGGGAGGAAACACAUUCACAGGCCUGGCCCUGAGCCACGUGCUGGGGCAGAACCUGAAGCCCGCAGCAGGGCUCCGCCCGGAGGCAGCCCACCUGGUGAUCCUGGUGACGGACGGCAAGUCCCAGGACGACGUGCACGCGGUCGCGCGCACCCUCAAGGACCUGGACGUCGAGGUCUUCACUGUGGGUGUGAAGAAUGCUGACGAGGCUGAGCUGAAGCUCCUGGCAUCCCAGCCGCAGGACAUCACCAUCCACAACGUGCUGGACUUCCCCCAGCUGGCCACCCUGUCUGGCCUGCUCAGCCGCCUCAUCUGCCAGAAGGUCCAGGGCCGGAGCCUGAGCAGGCCCCCCGCCACCCCAGCCCCAGCUGCACCAGCCAUGGACGCCCUCCCUGCACCCAGCAGCCUGGUGCUGGGCCAGGUCACCUCCUCCAGCAUCCGCCUGUCCUGGACCCCGGCUCCUCAGCCACCCCUCAAGUACCUCAUUGUGUGGCGGCCUUCCAGGGGUGGUGCCCACCGGGAGGUGGUGGUGGAGGGGCCUGCUGCGUCUGCUGAGCUUCAGAACCUGACCUCCAGCACCGAGUACCUGGUGUCCGUGCUGCCUGUCUAUGAGGGCGGGGUCGGCGAGGGUCUGCGGGGCCUGGUGACCACAGCACCCCUCUCUCCACCUCGGGCGCUGACCCUGGCUGCAGUGACACCCAGGACCCUCCGCCUCACCUGGCAGCCCUCGGCUGGGGCCACCCAGUACCUGGUGCGGUGCUUGCCAGCCUCCCCCAAGGGUGAGGAGGAAGGGAGAGAGGUGCGGGUGGGACGGCCUGAGGUGCUGCUGGACAGCCUGGAGCCGGGCAGGGACUACAAGGUCUCAGUGCAAAGCCUGCGAGGGCCAGAGGCCAGUGAGGUCCGGGGCGUCCAUGCCAGAACCCCCGCCCUGGCUCCCCCAAGACACCUGAGCUUCUUGGACGUGAGCCAUGACUCAGCCCGGGUGACCUGGGAGGGCACCCAGCGGCCCGCACAGUUGAUCAGGGUCAGCUAUGUCUCCAGCGAUGGUGGCCACUCAGGAAAGGUGAGAGCAGGCCUGCCUGGGCCAAGGGGCCCAGGCUCAGUGUCAGACACCCCAGAGGGGCCCAGUGGCCUCUGUGCCCUGGCGUGCCCCUCCUGCCUCUCCUUCAUGCUCCCAAUUCUGUCCCUGUCCAGUGUCUCUGGGCUGGGGGGGACAGGGUCAGCAUCACGCACACGUGAAGGGCGCUGGGUGGUGGGAGCUGGGGUGAGACUGAGGCAAAGGAGCGUAUGCACAGAGAACAGUUGUGGCGAGGCUACGAAGCUUGUGGUGUGGAAGCUGAGCCGGCUGGAGGGCUGGCUGGAGUGCAGGGAAGGACGACGCGUCCCGUGGGCUGUCCUAGGCGCCCAUGGCCAACCCCGUUUCCUCUGUUUUGGGAGCCAUGGGGUCCUGGCUGCAGGUCCUGGGCCUGGGUCUCUCCCUGGCAGGGCCCUGGGGGCCCAAUGCGUCUGCCUGUGCCCCCCUGCCCUGCAGAAGGAGGCCCCCGGGAACGCCACCUCUGCCACCCUGGGCCCAUUGUCCUCCUCCACCACGUACACUGUCCGAGUCACCACCCUCCACCUCGGAGGCGGGUCCUCCACACUGACUGGCCGCGUGACCACCAGGAAAGCACCCAGCCCGAGCCAGCUGUCUGUGACAGAGCUGCCAGGGGAUUCGGUCAGGCUGACGUGGGCAGCUGCAGCCCCAUCCGGCGUGCUUGUCUACCAGAUCAAGUGGACACCGCUGGGAGAGGGGAAGGCCCACGAGAUCUCUGUCCCAGGUACUCUCCGCACAGCUGUCCUGUCCGGCCUGGGGAGGCAUGCUGAGUAUGAGAUCACCAUCCUGGCCUACUACAGGGACGGGGCCCGCAGUGACCCCGUGUCCCUGCACUACACUCCUCCUGCAGUGAGCAGGAGUCCCCCGUCAGGCCUGGCCCUGACCUCAGAGACCCCCAACAGCCUACAAGUCAGCUGGACACCCCCAAGUGGCCAUGUGCUCCACUACCGGCUCACCUAUGCUCCGGCCUCAGGCUCAGGACCUGAGAAAUCGAUCUCCGUGCCAGGCCCCAAGAGUCAUGCCACACUCUCUGAUCUGCUGGCUGCCACCAAGUACAGGGUCCUGGUCUCAGCUUUCUACAGAGCGGGGGAGAGUGAGGCAGUGUCUGCCACAGGCCGAACAGCUGCCUGCCCGGGCCUUCACGGGAACAGCUCCCUUCCAGGGUUUGAUCUGAUGGCGGCCUUCGGCCUGGUGCAGAAGGAAUAUGCCUCCAUUCGUGGCGUGGCCAUGGAGCCCUCAGCUUGGGGUCUGGCCCCAACCUUCACACUCUUCAAGGAUGCUCAGCUGACACGGCGGGCCAGCGACCUCUACCCAGCCGCCCUCCCGCCAGAACACACCAUCGUCUUCCUUCUGCGCCUGCUCCCGGAGACACCCCGAGAGGCCUUCGCGCUGUGGCAGCUGACGGCCGAGGACUUCAAGCCUGUCCUCGGGGUUCUUCUGGACGCCAGCAGGAAAUCACUGACCUACUUCCACCACGACCCCAGGGCCGCCUUGCAGGAGGUCACCUUCGACCUACAAGAGGUGAAGAAGAUUUUCUUCGGGAGCUUCCACAAGGUUCACGUGGCUGUGGGCCGCUCCAAGGUUCGCCUAUAUGUGGACUGCCGCAAGGUGGCCGAGAGGCCCAUGGGGGAGGCCAGCAGCUCACCCAUCUCCGGCUUUGUCACACUGGGGAGGCUGGCCAAGGCCCGGGGCCCCCGGAGCAGCUCGGCUGCCUUCCAGCUCCAGAUGCUGCAGAUCAUGUGCAGUGACACCUGGGCAGACGAGGACAGGUGCUGCGAGCUCCCUGCGUCGAGAGACAAGGAGACGUGCCCUGCCUUCUCUUCUGCCUGUCCCUGCUCCCCUGACACUCCUGGUCCUCCAGGGCCCCAAGGCCCCCCGGGCCUCCCGGGGAGCAACGGUGCCCCAGGACAGCAGGGCCUCCCAGGCCCCAAGGGAGAGCCAGGGCCGCCGGGGCAGACAGGACCUAAGGGCCCUGGAGGACAGCAGGGGUCGCCAGGGACCCAGGGCCGUGCAAUCCAGGGGCCUGUGGGUCCACCAGGAGUCAAAGGAGAGAAGGGAGACCAUGGACUCCCGGGCUUGCAGGGCCACCCUGGCCAGCAAGGUGCUCCUGGGAGAGUUGGCCUCCAGGGACCAAAGGGAAUGAGAGGACUGGAGGGCCCUGCUGGCCUGCCUGGACCCCCUGGCCCCAGGGGGUUCCAGGGCUUGGCGGGAGCCAGGGGCACCAGUGGGGAGCGAGGGCCCCCAGGGGCUGUGGGGCCCACGGGGCUGCCGGGACCCAAAGGGGAGCGAGGAGAGAAGGGUGAGCCUCAGUCCCUCACCACCAUCUUCCAGCUGGUGAGCCAGGCCUGCGAGUCAGCCAUCCAGACACACAUGCUCAAGCUGGACUCCAUCCUCCACGGGAACACCAGGCCCCCAAUGCCCAUCCUCGUGGAGACGGAGCCAGGCAGGCCUGGGUCCCUGGGGACCCCUAGCCGGCAAAUCAAAGCCUCACUUCCUGGAGACCAGGGGCAGAGGCAGCACCAGCCCAAGCACCAAGGCCAACUGGGCAGUCCUGGGCUGCAGGGGAGCCGGGCCCCAGGAUCCCUGGACGUGACAGGACAUCCCCCAUGCUGUCCCAAGUGACCCUGCGCCUCCACCCGCACCUCCCCGGGGUCUGUCUGCACCUGGAAGGCGCGCGUCCUGCAGAAUGGAGAAUGAUGCCCCAGAAGAGCGGCGGUGGGUGGGAAGGGAAUGAGGAGGUGCAGCGCACCCGGAACCUUGUACGCAGCAGCAUGUCCAAGCCAGAUAAACCGCUGGUGG